GCAGCGAUACGUCACCGGCGCCGCCAUAUUGGUUGAGGCAAGAGUAGCAUGCGUCGCUGUUGACGUUCGAUCCAGCAGCCAAUGAGCGGUCUAGUGGUUCAUACGUCCACGCGUCUGAGAGACAGACUACAGCACAGAGAGGGACGCGGGAGCUCAGCUCAACCAAACACGGAAAAUAAAGCGGUGACAGACAUGUUGCAGCGGGUCCAGAAGCUCUUGAGAUUGAAUGUUUGUGGUCAUGUGUGUGUGAGACAUGUGAAGAGCAGAACCCAUCUGCCCGUCCUCACCCUCUUCACUAAGCAUCCGUGUCCUCUGUGUGAUGAAGCGAAGGAAAUACUUGAGCCGUAUAAACACAGGUUUGAGUUGCAGGAGGUUGACAUCAGUCUGCAAGAGAACAGCGUUUGGAUGGACAGAUACAGAUUUGACAUCCCUGUCUUUCAUUUGAACGGACAGUUUCUCAUGAUGCAUCGUGUCAACACAACUCUUCUAGAAAGAGCUCUGGAGAAAGCGAGUGUGUGAUCAUUCAUCUGUGUGUUCAUGCGUCACAUGCUGUCUGUGUGGACUGUAAUUGAUUGAUAACGUGAAAUAAAGGCCGUUCAUACAG